AUGGAAUCUUGCUUAUUGUCCACAGGUCCGAUUAUCCGAACUGGUCCCAACAGUCUGUCUUUCAAUACGGCGCCAGCCCUUCAAGCAAUCCAUCGUGAUAGAUAUGCCAAUGUCAAGAGGGGCGAUUGGUACAAAACACUUGACAUAUCCUCGGGAGCUUAUAGUACCCAAAGCGUCAUUGACAAGGGCGAGCACGCUUUCAGACGACGGGUUCUGAAUCAUGCGUUCUCCGAACGUGCCCUCAUAGAUGCUGAGAACGUCAUUGCGGACAAUGUAAGCUCGUUUUGUGACGGUCUCGGAACUCUGCCCCGGGACGCAAAACCCGGCGACUGGACCGAGAGAAAGAACAUGAGUGAUUGGUCAACUUGGUUUGGCUUCGACUUCAUCAGUAACCUGUCCUUUGGCAAGUCCUGGGAGCUGUGUGAAACCGAGAAGAAUCGUUAUGUUCCGAAUGUUCUAAGAGGGACAAGUCAAUUCUUAUACUAUGCCGGCUAUCUUCCCUUUGCUGCGCUGAUACGGCCAGUCCUCGGAACUCCGGUCAUGCAUUAUAUUGGCGGCCAAGCAGCAGCGGAUUCUCUCCGCUUCACACGGCUUGCAAACAGUAGCUUGGUCGAACGUGUCGACGCUGAAGAACAAGCCCAGAGCUCUGGCAAAGAACCUCGCAAAUACGUUUUCCAUUACCUGCUCAAGAGUAGGGACCCCGUGACCGGCAAGGGCUUCAGUAGAGAAGAGCUGCAGGCUGACAGUGGCCUCUUGAUCGCUGCCGGGAGUGACGGCGUUGCGCACACGAUCUCUGCCGCUAUUUUUUACCUCUUGCGCAACCCAGAGGUGCUCGCAAAGCUCACCGAAGAGAUUCGUUCCGCCCCUACCAAGCAUGAUGCCCGCGAGGUCCUUGCCGGUGGCAUCGACAUCGACGGCCGCCAUAUCCCCAAGGGCACAACUGUGGGCGUCCCUGCAUAUGCCAUCCACCACAACGAGUUAUACUAUCCCUCGUCGUGGGACUUCCGCCCUGAGCGCUGGAUAGUCGAUGGAAAGACUGGCGUCACGCUUGACAGCGUUGGCGCGGCCCGCCGCGCCUUCUGUCCUUUCGGCGCUGGGCCGAUGAGUUGUGUUGGCAAGAAUAUGGCGUACCUGGCAUUGAAGGCCGCGCUGGCCACCCUGCUCUACCAGUACGAUAUCCGGCCGGCGGGCGAACCGACAGGUGGUGGAAGUUUAGAUCUGGAGGAGGGGAGACGCAGGGUAGAAGAGUACCAGAUGAUUGAUUACAUCGCGGCGUAUCGGAAUGGACCAAUGAUCCAGCUGAGAGCGAGGGCUUGA